AUGGCACUGGUUGUUGUAUUAGGAGCUGGGGUAAUUGGAUUGACAACAGCCCUCGAAUUGAAGCGUUCCAAUGCUGAACUUGAUAUAACGAUAGCGGCAGAGCAUUUACCAGGCGACAUUGAUCACACAUACACCUCGCCUUUUGCAGGGGCCAAUUGGCAUUCGUUUGCAACUCCUGAAGAUAAACGUUUACAGGAAAUUGAUAAGCCUGGUUACAAAAAGUUUUUACAGCUUGCUGCAGCUGAUCCCAGAUCUGGUAUUUGGGUGGUUGAUAAUCUUUCAAUGUAUACAGAUUAUGAAGUUACUUCAAAUAACGGUAAUUACAGAAAGUUUAUUCCUUGGUUCAAGGAUUUUGUUGACGGGUUUGAGAUUGUCGAUAAACUGAAAUUGCCCGAAGGAAUAGCUUUUGCUCACAAAUUCAAAGGCGUUGUUAUAUCUGUUCCCACAUAUUUGGAUUAUCUUGUACAACAAAACAAAGAGAUUGGAAACGUAGUUAGAAGAAUCCCUCGAAUCCAUCAUAUUGAAGAUGUCCGAAAGUUUCAUAGUUCUGGUAAGAAAGCUGACUAUGUUAUCAAUGCUGCUGGAUUGAACGCAUCCAAAAUAAGGGGAGUAGAAGAUAAAAAGUUCAAUUUCCCAGUACGGGGUCAAGUUUUGCUCGUCAAAAACAAUGCUAAAAUACAGUUGGGUGUUGAAGGGUUUCCUGGAUUACCCAAUGAAAUGUUGUAUAUGAUGCCUAGGAAGGAAGGUGGCACUAUUAUAGGUGGUUGCUUUUUGGAAGGUGAAACCUCUGUUUCAGAAGACAAAGAAUUGACUGCAAGAAUUAUAAAAAGAGCCAUCAAAUAUGCACCAGAGUUGAUUGACCCCAAUUACAAAAAUAACCCUAGUAAGAUUGAGAUUCUUAAAGUAAACGUGGGGUUCAGACCAUUUAGAGAGGAUGGAGCAAGAGUAGAAUUAGACAAAAAAUACAAAUGGUUAAUUCACAAUUAUGGAGCUGGUGCCGGAGGGUACCAAGGAAGUUUCGGUUUGAGUAAGUUAGUAGUUGACAUUAUGGAAAAAGAGUUACGUAAACUCAAAGCAAAAUUAUAA